GUAAAAACAAUAAAACACGCUUUGCGAAUGAAUAAAGGUUACACUAUAUAUAGAUAUAUAAAUGGAAUAAAUAAUAAUGUACAUACAGGUUGUAGGGUUACAGGCUAUUGUGAUAUGCUUGGAUUUCAUGUAGAUAUGCUUUUAGAUUUUAGGCUCCAUGAGAACUUUCUGUAAGCACACUUAAUAUUAAAUCCGCACCCUAUCUGUCUGGGUCUGAUUAUCACAAUGUUUCAAGGUGACAAACCCUUCUUGUCCUUACGAAGCGUCCUCCCAAACGCCCCUGUAAAAGAUACCCACAAGUGUGCGAAACGCAUCUCCACACACAUCCUGUAAUGACAGGCAUAGCAUGAAAUAAAUAGCGUUUUUUUUCACUUAUCACUGGAAUGCACGCUUCUCUCUGAUUUCUACCCGAGCGAGUCCCUUCCUUCAGACGCAGCACAGCGUCUCUUCACACGUGUACCUUAUGUGUGUUGAACAGAUGCGAGGACCAUCUGUAAUUUUCGUUCUGUUUGUUUCUACCGUAAGCCACAAUUUGGUGUACACACUGUAAGUGCACGUACAAGACCAAACUCAGCGAGCCGUCGUUAAAAUUUACAGACGUCCGGUGUGCUGCGUUCAACAACAGACGUAUUAAAAGCGAUUGAAGUGACUACAACAUACAUCAGAUCCCGGUUUGGUACAUUUUGGAGCAGUCUCUCUGAAAAGACUGAAGGUGUGGGAGAGAGAGGGAGAGAGAGGGAGAGAGAGAGAGAGAGAGAGAGUGCGUAUAAGAGUAACAGUGAUGUCAAUCGUGACAUCCUGUUGUACGGAGAAGCCCGAUUGCCAAAUAAGUUCCAGUCCUACAACUGAGCACGCAGCCGUUUGUGACAGAAAGACAAUAAGUUGGCGAGGGUGGAGGGAGAUAUUGACUGCAGUCCUAAAUCACUGUGCAUUUCUGAUUUUGUCAAUUUCCACGCCUUCAUUCGGACUGAUAUGCUUCACUUUCUUCCCUUUUUUUGGAACAGGCGAUUAAGAGAGACAAUAUCAUGGACCUGGGGAUGGGCGGCGAGAAGGGCAGCGGAGAAGUUCAGUACGGCUCCGGCUUCCAGUCUGGUCGAAGCGGGCAAACCGUCACCUACCUGGGCAAGUUCGCGUUCGACACCCCUCCGUCCGGCAGCAUCGGAGGCUCCGGGUGGUGUCCCGACAACAACAUCAUCAGUCUGGUGAGUGCGGGAAUCCUGGGGGUGUCGCCGUCGCCUGGCAACAUCACCACCCAGACGUCUUCGUCGAGCGGCAGCAUGGGCGGCCAGUCGUCAGACAUGGAGCAAGUAUACGCACCACCCCUUCCUGCCUACUCCACCUGUGGCGAGAUAUACCCGGAACAGGUGACGUUCCACCACAGCCCGGCCACGUCCUCGUCCCUGCCUUACCCGAGCACCGACUACCACACCACCUCCAAACCGGGCAUGGACGGAAGCCUCUUUUCCAUGAUCCCAGACUACAACCUCUUCCAUCACCAGGGGGACGUAGGGGUGAUGGAGCAUAAACCCUUCCAAACCAUGGACCCCAUUAGAGUCAACCCACCUCCCAUAACUCCCCUCGAGACCAUUCGAGCCUUUAAGGAUAAGCAACAGAUCCAUCCCGGCUUUCUCGGCGGGCAACAGCACGUCUCCCAACACCACCAACCCUCUCAGACACUCGCCCUCAAACCCAUCCGGCCGAGAAAGUACCCCAACCGGCCGAGCAAAACUCCGGUGCACGAGCGACCGCACGCCUGUCCGGCGGAGAACUGCGACCGCCGCUUUUCGCGAUCAGACGAAUUGACGCGUCACCUGCGGAUCCACACGGGACACAAACCCUUCCAGUGCCGCAUCUGCAUGCGAUCCUUCAGCCGCAGCGACCAUCUAACCACGCACAUCCGCACGCACACCGGCGAGAAGCCCUUCUCGUGCGAGUUCUGCGGGCGGAAGUUUGCGCGGAGCGACGAGCGAAAGAGGCACGCCAAGGUGCACCUGAAACAGAAAGACAAGAAACCCACGGACAAGGGCAGUAGCGCUGGGGCAGGGGGGAGCCACGUCUCUCCUCCCAGCUCCUGUGGGAGCGCGGGACCCAGCAGUGCCAAUAUCAUGACCGUCACCACUUGUGCAUGAGAUGGACUUGCAAAGUAAGACUUUGAGGAGAAGACAAAAAAACAAAACAAAACAAGGUUUCGUUCUCCUCUUAUAUACACACUUGACUCUAAAACUCGCUCCCUCUCGCUAUAUCCAUCCGUUUCCUACGGUUUCCAUUGAUUGUGGUGGCAUUUUUCUGUAGCCACUAUUGUUUUAGGUCAAAUGAGUGGGGAGUAAGUGGACUCGUGUUGCAUGGAUGGGACGGAGAGGGCGUCAAAGACGACGGUUCAAGCAGUCAGGUCAACCCACAGAAAGAGCACUUGCAGACGCAGCGCAGUCAUAAGGGUUCAACUCUCAGCUCUGGGGACCAGAGCAAUCUCUUGAGAUUUUAGUCUUUUCGUUUAUUUUUUUUUUUAUUUUUCCCUUGUAUUCCGGUUUGUCAGUGAGUUGUCAGAUAAAAAGUGCACUUUCAUUUGCUUAAUGUGUUGCAGUCUUUUUAAAUGAUUGUUAAUUAUUUAAUGUUUCUGUGUUGUUGUUGUUGUUGUUUUUCAACAGAAUGUGCCAAAUGCAUUUAAAUACAGCAGACGAUUUAAAAAAAAAGAAUAAUAAUAUUGUUUGUGUUAACCUAAUAACUUCAUUUCAAAUGUUGAUUUGGGGAAAACCCAUGAGCUCUGAAGGAGUCCGGGUUGACAUUAAAGUUCUGUUGCGUUAAGCGGUUGCGUUAUUUUACUAUUUCCGAAUCCCUUACGUACAAGUGAGGGACGCAGAUGGCGUUUGUUAUCCGCAAUGGACUUUCAGUGCAAUAAAAAAAACGAAAAACAACAACAACGACGACGACAGUAAAACGCAGCCUGGCUCACUUUCGCAAGUUCGCUUUCUACGGUAGGGACCGAAAUUUAGACACAGCUGUGGCCUUUACCUGUUUUCGCUUCUUUUAGUUGCGCAUAAGGGCCAAACCUGCAGUUCUGCAUAUCUACUUCUGGUAGAGCGAGACACGCUGAUCCGAUCCAAACAUUUCGCCUUUCUGUUUUUGCUGCCUGCAUCCCUGCAUGCAUUUAGUAUCACGUCUCUGCUAGUGCUAAAAAAAGACUGCAUCAGCCGUGACUGAAGACCCACAGCAAUAUGCGUCCGACUCGAACCGUGCGGAGCGUCGACAAGAGUUACUAGUUUAAAAAUGACUAUUUUUAUGUGACCGUUGUCUUUUCGUUGUCCCUGUUGUCAUUGUGUUACUGGACAGUUGCGUCUCUUGCUUUCAUCGCCCAAUAAUUUUCACCGGGUUCCUUUUUAUGCACAUUAUAUAUUCAGCACGCAUUUUGACACACAUGUACACACGAUUUUCAAAAAAAACGAAAUCAGCCAAAAUUAUGGUAAUGCUUGCCUGCGAGCAUCACCGCUGGGCAGGUUUGAUCUUAGGAGUCAUUGUUUUGCAUUUUUACCGGCUGAGGCCUGCCUGCUAUAUGCAUGCCAUUCAAGAUGUUUUUGGAUGGGAACAGUUUCGACAUUUAUACUGCUCUCAGGGGCAGCACCGUAAUGUGGUAUAUCUCCACAGUUACUCAUAUCCAGAUCAUGCCUAGAGAUUCUGAAUAUUAACGAUGAGAACGAGAGGGGGUUUUGUACAGAUAAUUAUACAAACAUAUUACUACGUGUUUUCUACUUGGAAUGUACAAAGCAAUGUCCUUCAGUAUUACGACGUUUGUUCGUGCACGUGUGUGUGUGUGUGUGUGUGUGUGUGUGUGUGUGUGUGUGUGAGCGCGCGUGUGUAUGUUAACGCGCACGCAAACACCAGCACACUUAGAUUUUACAUUGACUGAAUGUUGAAACAAAGGGUGUGUUUACAUUUUUGUUUUCUUUCUUUCUUCUGUUUUUCGGAUUGUGAUUGUGUACAUACUGCAGAAUGUUUUUUAAGUGCGUGCGCGUGUGUGCGUGCGUGCGUGCGUGUGUGUGUACGUGCAAGAAAAAUUGACAGUGUCAAAUGUGAUGCAUUCUCCGGCAUUUCUUCAGUUCUUGCAGACACACUGAAUGAUGUGUUCAAUAAAUGAAUAAACAGUAAGAUUAUUUGGUGAAAAAA